AUGGCUGACGCGGCGACCGACGACAGCAAGUUCCUCUUCUCUGAUAAUGACUUUCGAAACAGUGGGAUUGCACAAGCCGAUUGGGCGGCCAAGAAGAUGGUGUGGAUACCAUCAGAGAGGGAGGGGUUCGAGGCAGCCAGCUUAAAGGAGGAGAAGGGUGAUGAGGUGGUGGUGCAGCUUUCCAACGGUCAGAAGGUGACAGUGAACAAAGACGACAUCCAGAAGAUGAACCCACCCAAGUUCAGCAAGGUGGAGGACAUGGCCGCCCUAACCUUCCUCAACGAAGCCUCCGUCCUCCAAAACCUGCGGGAGAGAUACUUCUCCAGUCUGAUCUAUACAUACUCGGGUCUGUUCUGUGUGGUGGUGAACCCCUACAAGAUGCUGCCCAUCUAUUCUGAGAAGAUCAUUGAGAUGUAUAAGGGCAAGAAACGUCAUGAGGUGCCGCCUCACAUCUACUCCAUCACAGACAACGCCUACAGGAACAUGAUGCAAGACCGUGAGGAUCAGUCUAUUCUCUGCACAGGUGAGUCUGGAGCAGGGAAGACAGAAAACACCAAGAAGGUGAUUCAGUACCUGGCUGUCGUCGCCUCCUCGCACAAGGGCAAGAAGGACGUGAAUCCUCAACAGCAGCCGGGAUCUCUCGCCUACGGGGAGCUAGAGAAGCAGCUGCUGCAGGCUAAUCCCAUCCUGGAGGCUUUUGGAAACGCCAAAACCAUCAAGAAUGACAACUCUUCACGAUUUGGCAAGUUCAUCAAGCUCAACUUUGAUGUGACCGGUUUUUUAGUUGGGGCCAAUAUCGACACCUAUCUGCUGGAGAAGUCUCGCUGUAUUCGCCAGGCCAACACUGAGAGAGCCUUUCACAUCUUCUACUACAUGGUGGCAGGAGCCAAAGACAAGAUGAAGGAGGAGCUCCUGCUGGAGGACUUCGGCUCCUAUCGUUUCCUGAUAGCCGGCCACGUGGAGAUUCCCGGUCAGGAGGAUGAUGAGAUGUUUGAUGAGACUCUGGAGGCCAUGGAGAUCAUGGGCUUCACUGAGGAGGAAAGAUUAGGGAUGUUGAAGGUGGUGUCCACUGUGCUCCAGCUGGGCAACAUCAAGUUUGAGAAGGAGAGGAACAGCGAACAGGCGACCAUGCCUGACAACACCGCUGCCCAGAAGGUGUGUCACCUGCAGGGCAUCAAUGUCACCGACUUCACCCGUGCCAUCCUCACCCCCCGGAUCAAAGUAGGCAGGGAGGUGGUGCAGAAGGCACAGACCAAGCAGCAGGCUGAUUUUGCUGUGGAGGCUCUAGCUAAGGCCAUGUAUGAACGCCUGUUUCGAUGGAUCCUGGCCAGAGUCAACAAGACGCUAGACAAGAGUAAGAGGCAGUCAUCUUCCUUCCUGGGCAUCCUGGACAUUGCAGGCUUUGAGAUUUUUGAGGACAACUCCUUCGAGCAGCUCUGCAUUAACUACACCAACGAGCGUCUGCAGCAGCUCUUCAACCACACCAUGUUCAUCCUGGAGCAGGAGGAGUACAAGAGGGAGGGCAUCGAGUGGAACUUCAUUGACUUCGGCCUCGACCUGCAACCCUGCAUCGAGCUCAUCGAGAGGCCGAACAAUCCUCCAGGCAUCCUGGCCCUGCUGGACGAGGAGUGUUGGUUCCCCAAAGCCACUGAUGUCUCCUUCGUGGAGAAGCUGCUGAACACCCACACUGGUCACGUGAAAUUCUCCAAACCCAAACAACACAAAGAUAAACUGAUGUUCACUGUUCUGCACUAUGCCGGCAAGGUUGACUAUAAUGCAGCUAACUGGCUGACCAAGAACAUGGAUCCUCUGAAUGACAACGUGACGGCUCUGCUCAACAACUCCUCCAGCACCUUCAUCCAGGACCUAUGGAAAGACGUUGAUCGAGUGGUGGGUCUGGAGACCAUGACCAAGAUGUCAGAGAGUUCAGCGCCCUCCUCCACUAAAUCCAAGAAGGGCAUGUUUCGCACGGUGGGUCAGCUGUACAAGGAGUCGCUGGGCAAGCUGAUGACCACGCUGCACAACACGCAGCCCAACUUUGUGCGCUGCAUCAUCCCCAACCACGAGAAGAGGGCUGGGAAGAUGGACUCCAACCUGGUGCUGGAGCAGCUCAGGUGUAAUGGUGUGCUGGAGGGCAUCCGAAUCUGCAGGCAGGGAUUCCCCAACCGAAUUGUGUUCCAGGAGUUCAGACAGAGAUAUGAGAUUCUGGCUGCCAACGCCAUCCCUAAGGGCUUCAUGGAUGGGAAGCAGGCGUGUUGUCUGAUGGUAAAGCACCUGGAUCUGGAUACUAACCUGUAUCGUAUCGGUCAGAGUAAGAUGUUCUUCAGGACAGGAGUUCUGGCCCAGCUGGAGGAGGAGAGAGACCUCAAACUGACUGUCGUCAUCAUCGCCUUCCAGGCACAAGCAAGAGGCUUCCUGGCCCGCAAAGCUUUCAGUAAACGUCAGCAGCAGCUGACCGCCAUGAAGGUGAUCCAGAGGAACUGCGCCUGUUACCUCAAACUCAAGAACUGGCAGUGGUGGAGGCUCUUCACCAAGGUGAAGCCCCUGCUGCAGGUCACCAGACAAGAAGAAGAAAUGGGUCAGAAAGAGGAGGAACUUAAAGCAGCAAAGGAGGUGGCGGUCAAGACUGAGGCCGAGCUGAAGGACAUCACCCAGAAACACUGCCAGCUGAUGGAGGAGCGAGCUCAGUUGGAGACUAAGCUUCAAGCAGAGACGGAGCUGUACGCGGAGGCGGAGGAGAUGAGGGUGCGACUGGAGGCUAAGAAGCAGGAGCUAGAGGAGGUGCUGCACGAGAUGGAGGCUCGGCUUGAGGAGGAGGAGGAACGCAGCCACGCUCUGCAGCAGGAGAGGAAGGACAUGGAGCAACAGCUACAGCUGAUGGAGGCCCAAAUAGCAGAGGAAGAGAACGCUAAGCAGAAGCUGCAGCUGGAGAAAGUCGCUGUGGAGGGAAGAGUCAAGAAACUUGAGGAGGACGUUCUGAUCAUGGAGGAUCAGAAUAACAAACUACAGAAGGAGCGUAAGCUUCUGGAGGAGAGGAUGGCUGACAUGAGCUGUAACCUGGCAGAGGAGGAGGAGAAGUCCAAGAAUCUGACCAAACUCAAGGCCAAACAUGAGUCCAUGAUCUCAGACCUCGAGGUGCGUAUGAAAAAGGAGGAGAAGGGUCGUCAGGACAUGGAGAAGGCUAAGAGGAAGGUGGAGGCAGAGCUAGCUGAUCUCCAGGAGCAGCACGCUGACCUGCAGGCCCAACUAGCUGAACUCCGAGCACAGCUUGCUGCCAAGGAAGAGGAGCUCCAGGCCACACAGGCCCGCUUGGAGGACGAGUCCAAUCAGCGUGGGGUGGCAAUGAAGCGGGUUCGGGAGUUGGAGGUUUUGCUCUCAGAGUUGCAGGAGGACUUGGAGGCCGAGAGGGCAGCCAGGGGGAAGGUGGAGGCAGCUCGGCGGGAUCUUGGAGAAGAGCUGAACGCUCUUCGCACCGAGCUGGAGGACAGCCUGGAUACCACUGCUGCCCAGCAAGAACUACGGGCGAAGCGUGAGCAGGAGGUGGCCAUGCUAAAGAAAGCCAUUGAUGAUGAAGGACGGAGCCAUGAAGCCCAAAUCCAAGACCUGAGACAAAAACACAGCCAGGCUGUGGAGGAGUUCAGUGAGCAACUGGAGCAGGCCAAGAGGGUGAGAGCUGGCCUGGAGAAAGCCAAGCAGGCUUUGGAGAAGGAGACGGCAGAUCUGAGUGCUGACCUUAGAUCCCUUGCCAGUGCCAAACAGGAUGUGGAGCACAAGAAGAAGAAGGUAGAGGGCCAGCUGAACGACCUGCACUCACGCUUCAACGAGAGUGAGCGACAGAAGACUGAGUUGGGGGAGCGAGUCUCCAAGAUGACUAUGGAGCUGGACAGUGUGACCAGUCUGUUGAACGAAGCGGAGGGAAAGAACAUCAAGCUGAGCAAAGAUGUCUCCACUCUGUCCUCCCAGCUCCAGGAUGCACAGGAGCUGCUGUCAGAGGAGACCCGUCAGAAGCUGAAUCUGUCCGGACGUCUGCGUCAGAUGGAGGACGACAGAAACAGCCUGAUGGAGCAGCUGGAGGAGGAGACAGAGAUCAAGCGCUCGGUGGAGAGGCAGGUCUCCAGCCUCAACAUGCAGCUGUCCGACUAUAAGAAGAAGCUGGACGAGACUUUGGGGACGGUGGAGCUGCUAGAGGAAGGGAAGAAGCGUCUGCAGCGUGAACUGGAGGCAGCUAACAGCGAGUACGAGGAGAAGGCGUCGGCCUACGACAAGCUGGACAAGAGCCGGAGCCGGAUGCAGCAGGAGCUGGAGGACAUCCUCAUGGACUUGGACAGCCAGCGGCAGCUCGUCUCCAACCUGGAGAAGAAGCAGAAGAAAUUUGACCAGAUGCUGGCAGAGGAGCGCGCUGUGUCCUCUAAGUAUGCAGAGGAGCGGGAUCGAGCAGAGGCAGAGGCGAGGGAGAAGGAGACGCGGGUGUUAGCUCUGGCCAGAGCGCUGGAGGAGAACCAGGAUGCUUUGGAGGAGGCAGAGAAGACCAUGAAGGUCCUGCGAGCUGAAAUGGAGGACCUCAUCAGCUCCAAGGAUGACGUGGGAAAGAGUGUCCAUGACUUGGAGAAGGCCAAGCGUGGCCUGGAGGCCAUCGUGGAGGAGAUGAGAACACAGAUGGAGGAGCUAGAGGACGAGCUGCAGGUCGCUGAGGAUGCCAAGCUGCGUCUGGAGGUUAACAGUCAGGCCCUGAGAGCUCAGCAUGAGAGGGAGUUGCACGCCCACAGUGAGAUGGGCGAGGAGAAGAGGAAGCAGCUCCUCAAACAGGUGCGUGAGCUGGAGUCGGAGCUGGAGGAGGAGAGGAAGCAGCGAGGUCAACUGUCCGGCAGCAAGAAGAAGCUAGAGGGGGAGCUGAAGGACUUGGAGGACCAGCUGGAGGCCACCAGCAGGGGGCGUGACGAAGCAGUCAAGCAGCUCCGCAAGAUCCAGGGCCAGGUGAAGGAUCUCCAGAGGGACCUGGAGGACUCACGUGCAGCCCAGAAGGAGGUCCUCGGCUGUGCAAGAGAGGCUGAGCGCAAAUCCAAGGCCAUGGAGGCCGACAUCGUCCAGCUGCACGAGAUGUUGGCAGCAGCUGAGAGAGCUCGUAAGCAGGCAGAGACAGAAAGAGACGAGCUGGCUGAGGAGCUGGCCAGUAACUCUUCUGGAAAGUGGGUGUUUUAUGCAGAGAAGAGCAACGUGCGGGUGAAGCAGUUGAAGCACCAGCUGGAGGAGGCGGAGGAGGAGGCUCAGCGUGUGACAGCAGCUCGCAGGAAACUGCAGAGGGAGCUGGAGGAGGCGAGCGAGGCCAACGAUGCUCUCAGCAGAGACGUGGCUUCACUCAGGAGCAAACUGAGGCGUGGCGGUGGCGGUGGGGAGGCGGUGUUCAGCAGCCCUAGCCCUCGGAGCAGCAGCGGUGGUGGUGGCAGCAUGAGCAGCAGCAGCAUGAGGAGCUUGGGGCUGGGAGGGAGUAUCAGCCGGAGGAGCACCACUAUCAAGGAGAACUCAGUGGAGCUGCAGGAGGAAGAGCCUCCAUCCCGGUCUCCGUCUCCUCCCGUGGAGCCCCAUGGGGAGGUCUACACCUACUCCCCUGAUGAGUAGAGGGGUGUCACUCAAGUAAAGCUGGCAGAACUUGCCCCAGAAAUAGUUUCACACUUUUAUAUUAAUUAUUUGAACGUUUAGUUUAAAGGGUAAGUUCCGUAUUUUUCACCAUGCACCCUAUUUCCUGAAUUUUUGUGUCAAAGCAAUUUUUGAAAUUGUUCCAGUAUUAAGUGAGAGUGCUGAAGCCAGCAACAGGCUGCAAUGUAAACAACAAUGUUUGCAUUGUCAAUUGACAUCAUUAAAAGUGCU